ACGGGUCACAAGAGAUCUUUCCUCGCCAUGACGGACGACGACGAUGACGAUGAAGAUGAUGAUGAUGACCUCAUUGCCGUGGAUGAUGUCAAACCACUCGAGGAUGAGGAAGACGAGGUGCAGGAAUGUGAGGGUUCAGAAUAUGAAGAUGACCUCAUCAGCCGGGGACCGCGGGUAGAAGAAGAUGAACACAAUUUCGCGCAACUAAUGGAUGGUGUGCAAAGCUGGAUUGAUUUAAUUCCCCCCACUUCAGAGCCGGAAAAGCUCUACACUUUGCUGCAGGACGUUUCCGAUGAGAUUUCUCCGAUCCCUUACGACAUUGGGAUCAUCCAUUUGAAACCUCCCGUUCGUCUCGAUGCCGUCAUCCCGUCUAAUCUUGUUGCUGCAUUGACAAACGCCGUCAAAAUCAAACCAAAAGAUGACGACGAUGAUGACGACGACGUGCAGAUAAUCACUUAUCGUACUAAUCAGUCCUCACCGGCGGCGGCGGCGGCGACGGCAACGGCGACUAAUCCUAAUAAGGAAUAGGUGGUGCUAUGCGUGUCAUAAUGGGUCCCGAAAUUUCUAUUUUUAAUUAAAUCUUAUUCAUGAAAUCUCAGCCAAACUACUGAACAAAUGAGGGAACAAUGAAACCAAAAAUAGAUUAGUCACUCAGUUCCAACCAUUCCAGAAGAAGUUUAGGGUUAACCCUAUUCGUUAAUUAUUAUUAUUAAUUAAUUAAUUAUAACUAUUCCUAUUAGUUAAUGAAUUUGUUGCAUACGCGAGUUUUUCCACGAGUGGAAAAUUAAGAGAGAAGGUUCCAAUUUGUUAAAAUUUUUCAGUAAUUUCUUCAUCCCCGGCCUGUGUAGUAUUUACAUACAAAGAGAGAAUUAAUCAUGGUCAAAUACUGAAAUUCUUGUCAAUCGGUAUAAGUUGUAAUACUAAAUGUUAAUUUGUAAGUAGGUUAAUUAAUUAAAUUUA